UGUUAUAAUCAUGUCCAUGUCAGUUCUACAUAAUAACAGCACAACACACAGCUGAAGGACAAAUAAGUUUAGUCAAGUUUAAGAACAAAGAUGAUACAGUAAUGCAUCAUCAUAAGGUAUGGAGUGCAUCGAUAACAAGGAGGACCACUGAAAAAAAUAAGAUGCCAUACCCUCAAUCAGGCUAUGAAUAUCUAAUUUGACCAAAAGACAGCUAAUAAACGAACAAACAUCCGAACAAAAUGUCUUUACAUCGGAAAAAUGUUCCAGACCCAGGGCCCCUUACUACUAAAAUAGUGUCUGAAAUUGACAGGGACAAGCAUAUUUUACUGUAUAUGCUGGACCUGCACAGGGAAAAGGUGGCACCUCUGGAUCUGACAACAAUGCUUUAUGAAAUCACUCCAAGCACUGAAGACAACAUUCCACAGGACCCAACAGAGCUCUCAAAGUCAUUCCUCCGUCGACUGUGGCUUUCUAAUCCCCAAGCCCGUAGCACUUGCUGCAAGGUUGUAGUAGGAGAGUACGGUUUGGACAUGGAUGAAAAUUCACAAUGUGCUAUCAAUCCUUUAGAUCUUGUUACCGUCAUCUACAUGACCACAAAUAGUUUCCUACAGCAAGAAAUAGCCCAACGAAUGUUGCAGUCCAACUUUGCAGUACCUCUGUAUCUUCCACCUAUUCACCCAGAAAAGAAGGGAACCAUCCUCUUGAGUCCAUUUAGAGGUGUUCUCGGAGAGUGGAAGUCCCCUUCUGAGGGACCUACAAUGAAAAACAUGGCAAAUUCCAGGAUGCCAUUUCUCUCUGCAGUAAGGCUAGGCAGCUGCAGUGUCUCAAAAUCUCGAGUACUCAACCAUGUUCUUGGUGGACCACACAAACUAAACGAGUCCUUCAUAAACUGUGGUAUGAAAGGAGGGGAGCUGCCUCGAGUUCUCUCAGAUGGUCUGGUGGAGGUAUGUUGGAACUUGCCAUCAGGAGACCAUCAUGAAAGCGCCUUUUCUCGCCCUGUGCUUGUAGCUAAUCUGCGUGGUGAUGCAGCUAACUAUGAAAAACAGAUGAGUCUUCUGUGUUACACAUCUGCAGUCCUUAUUGUUUUUUGUGAAAGUUUUGGUGCCGAGGAAAGAGAAUUGCUUGUCUCAUGGAGAAAUAUUACUAGCCACAUGAUUAUAAUUGACAGCUCAACAUCAGUAAAUGAUGGACAGCAGAAUGAUAAUGAGAAAAUGAAACACAGAUUGGUGAGGGAUUUAGAACUGCCUGAAGGGACAGUGCUUUAUGGAUGGGAAGGUAAUGAGGAUGAAAUUGCUAAAAGUUUAAGAGAUGUUCUGAAUCGUUUUAUUCCAUACCUGCACACCUCAAGCCUUGUAGGUACUGCUGGCAUGGCCGAUGACCUCGACAUUAAUGUUGAUGAAGAUGAGAUCUGUCGAACGGCAUUCGGUGAAGUUGAAGAAGUCCUCAGUGGAAUCGAAGAUGGAGUGUCUACCUAUUUGGAAAACCAACUGCCCCUACAGGGUGAUGUAUGGAAACAAUUGUGUCAUGUGGAGAAAGUGGAAGCACGUCAACAGCAACAUGCAAAUCAGAACUUAAUUGAGGAAAAGGAAAAUCUCAUAAAACAAAUUCUUGAAUAUAAAUUAACAACAGCCAUGAAAGCUUUUAUUGAAGCAGUCUGUUCACCUGAAACAAAUAAGAGGGCAUAUUUCCUCUCUUGGAUGAGGGUGAAACUUGAAGUUAUGCAGUUGGAAAAGCUGUCCCUUCUUAGGGAAACAAAUCAGGAACAAAUUCAAGAACCCUGCAUUGGACUUGAGCAUUUUCUUAGAGAGAUGGGACUGGUCUACGAACGAUACUUCCGUAGUCCGAACAGUGACUUGUAUGACAUGUUCCGCUUACCAUAUGUAGGUGCUGAAUUACUCCUGUAUGGAGUUCCCCUUGAGCUCUAUGAUGGAAAUGCCUCAGUAUUUCCCCUGAACUGGGUGUACAGUGUUCUUUACGAAUUAUACAGGCAACUGCCAAACUUCAGUCGGAUGAGAGUCUUGACAGUCUUAGGUUUUCACAACUCCAAGAAUGCAGAGAUUGUAUCUUCACUGUUUGGUGUCAACUUCCCAAAGUGGGGUAGAAGGCAAAUCAAAGGAGCAUACAUGCUUCUCCUCAGCCUGCCAGACCACUUCAGAAUAAAAAUGGACUGUGAAUUUCUGAUGGUGAUUUGCACCGAAGGUUUGAACCAUCCAACAGAGCGAAAUUUUUUGCAUGACAGUGAAAUGGCUGCCUUUGUCAGUGGACUGAGUGACAUCACACUAGUAAAUUUACCAGAUGCGGGUCAGGAUGAAACAAGACGCAACCUUCAGAUUGCAGUCAAUGCUCUUAUUUUCACACAAACAUUGGAGAAGAAGGCUACCUUUCAUGUUAUGUCUGAAGGAGCUGGAAAGGAUGGACAAAUCAUGAGAUAUGCAAUUGAUGUACUGACUAAAGGAGGGCUUCUAAAUAUGUCUCAAAGAGAAACAGUUCUCACAAGUGAAACAGGAGACCUAUGCCAUAAAUUGUCACCUGGGACUUCCCAAAAUGAUCAAGUAUACAGUGAUGCAGUUCUCAAGCUAAAGAAAAACCUUUUGACUAUUUUCCAUGAAAAGGCAACAAAUGGUCUGCCUACCUGUCUGGGUGCAUUUAUGGAGCUUAUGUGCAAUUUGUGGGAGUUAGUGAAAAGUGGAAAUUUUGCUAUGAAGUUUGGUGACACAGGAGAAGCAGAUCCCAUCAUUGGCCUCUGCACAAAACUUGUACAGGGAGAAAAGCACCUCAGUGAUCAACUGGACCAUUGGGUCGAAGGAUUGGAAAAUCACAUAACAGAGUUAAAAGAAAAUGAACAGAAUUUGGAUUCAGAUGCAAUUAUUGGAAUCUUGAAAAAUGAAGCAGCUAGCCAAAUCAGCGUAGAAAGAGACCACAUUAAGGCAAGCCUGUGGGACUACCUUAGGCAGGAGGAUAUUGAUAUUUCCCUAGUGGAAAAUUACAAAGUAAACCUUCUAAAAACAGUAGAUGUCAUUCAAGAGCAAUUGGCAUCUGAUGUUGGCCAGAAACUUGAGUCUGCAACCCUUCGCCAUGAUAUGUCGAUUAAGAUGCAAGCUUUGUUGACAUCCCUUGAGGCAGCCUUGGAGGUAAAGUUACGUUCACUCUUGCAGACCUGCAAGAACAACAACUGCUUAAUUGAAGACAAGGAGCUUGAACGUGAAUUUGCUAGUGUUUGGGAAGAUAUUCCAUCCAACUUGAGGGAACCCCUUCUUGAAACACAAGAAGUCCUUACAAGGAUGGUGGAUCAAUUAAAGGAAAAUUUAAGUGGACGUGGUCUGAGAAAUCAAAACAUCACACUCCACAAUGCAAACCAGCUCAAUGGGUUUGAGGUGAGGACUGCACAUUUUGCUCUGAGUAGUAGAAUGAAGAAUUCACUGAAGUACAAUAGAAAUGUGGCACAAAGAUUUGCCAAUAAUUUGAUUGAAGACUGUGAUGUGAGAAUCUCAGAUAAACUGAAGCACAAAGAGAGCUACUCUGAUAGCUAUAUGAGUGAGUUGCUUGCAAUUGUCGACAAGGGUCUAGAGGUUUUAAAAAGUGAGAAAUUUGCAAUGAGUCCCAAAUUUGAAGUGGAUAUCAAAGGAUACAUCUGUAGUAAAGCAGCACGGUCUUUUCAAGAGGUGCAGGAUGAGCUGCUCGGGGAAAGACAAAUUAAAGAGACUUUCCUUACUGAGACCAAGGACAGACACAUGCAGAAUUUUAUACAUCAGUUCCGAAAGAGGUACCAGUGUCAAAAAGCUGCUCGAUCUUUCACCAAUCUGUGCCUCAAGCCAACUGCCGAAGAUUUCAUUUACAGCAGCUUGGAGAGACAGAUAUUUUAUGAUAUGCUUAGUAAGAAAAAUGCACAUCAUUUUAGCUCACCAAAGAAGUUCCACUACAGUCUUCUUAAAGAAAUGCUGGUAAAGGACAGCUUUGAGAAUUUCCAUGAGUACCUUAAGUCCCAUGAGACCUACAGCCAGAAGAGUAUUGAUAAUUUUAUCAAAGCUCAUUUGUCAGGUUCUGUUAUGAUAGAAGACCAAAGGGAACAGCGAAUGCACCAGAUCUUUGACUGGGUGAAGAGGUGCAUUACUCAGUUGUCUGAAUUUAAUAGUGGGGCACAAAUCAAUGUUAGAACACUACUGGAAAAAGUUUGCAUCAACCUCGAGAGUCUGGGAAAAAUAACUAUGCCAACUCAAAUCUUGCAGCAACCUUUGUUUGACAUAAAUACACACCCUGAGCACUUCCUUGGAAGCCUUCAGGAUUCAGUCUCUGAGUUGACCUCGUCAAUAGCUAAGGAAUUUUUGGAGAAUGAGGAUGUCAUUGAAGUCCCUGAUAACCUCCCCAGUAAACUCCAGGACAUGGUGUAUGAAAGUGUGAAGGGUUGUAAUAAGUUCUGUCCUUUCUGCAAAGCUCCAUGUGACCUAGAUGAAAAAGAUCAUCAAGUGCACAAAGCUGCUGUGCAUCGCCCUAAAGGUCUGGUCUGUUAUACUGAUGCCAACUCCACAACACUGUCCCACAACACCUGCUCAGCAGAUAUUACAGGGCCAAACCAGUUUCAAAACAAAGACACAGGGGGCAAGUCUCUGCCCUUUAAGGAGUACCAGUCCAUCUAUCCAGAUUGGAGCAUUUACCCAGAAGACCCUGGUAAUAAUGGGGCUGCCGCCUACUGGAGAUACGUGUUCAUGAGGUACAAUGAUAGGUUUGCUCAGGAAUAUCUUUGUGCACCUGCAAAAUUGCCUGAAGCAUGGGGGAAAAUUACUCAGAAUGAGGCACUAGAGAGCCUGAGAGAGGCCUUUCAGAUUAUAGACUGAUUAUGUCCUUUACCAGCAUUAUUAUAUCUGUGACCAGAUUUUUUAUUAUUAUUUUUAUACUGAAGCAAAAAAGGCUGCUUAUACUACUAUAUAACUUUUCAUUGAAUAAAACAGAAAGGUGAAAUUCUGAUUCAUCACUUCAAAGUUGAGAUAAGGAUUAAUGAACUCUUUCUGGUCAUGUUGCAUCUUCUAGUAGGUUUACUUAUUUGUAUUUUUAAAAUGUUUAUUGUAAAAAAACAAGUUAAAUAUAAUUCUCAUUAUAUUUCGACAAUCUCUGCCUAGAUGUAUGACAGUAUGGUACUCCCCCAAUACAAAUUUUGCUCUUAUAUAUAAAGUAUUUUACCAAUUAAAUGAUUUUAAAAUCUG